UCAUCUUAUUCGAAACAAUGAUUCGAAAUCCUCCGAGUCUGCCUCCGAGGAUUUCCUCCUUCGGAGGAGAGACGAAUCGGAGGAGCUUUCCUCUCUCUCCUCCGAGCUUUCCUCUCUCUCCUUCUCCGAGCUACCCUUUUUCUCCUUCAUCAGAAAAUCUGAGAUUUGCUCCACCUUGAACAAGACUGAGGGUCAAGGCAUAUCCGGAGAUGUCUUGGUUGUUUCAAUCUUCAUCUAACGCUGCCUGUCUGUUUGCUUACUUUCGGUUCUAAACGACUCAUGCUCAUCCGUGAAAUCCUUGAGAGCUGCAGUGCACCAAGCAAGUCUGAUUGUGUGUCUUUUCUGUCGGCAGGAUGACAGUGUCUGUCUCGCCUGUCAUGACGUCAGGGACACUUGAGUCGUGAUGAUCCGCGGCCUCCAUCCACUCGCCGAUCCUGUUUUUGUAAUUUUCACCUGACUGGACAAGACAAAGGAACAAAUCCAAAGAGGUGGUGAAAGAGGUCAGUCUGAGUUGACCAGGUCAAGAGGAUCAUCAUCUUCCUCAUCAUUUUCAGCAGGGCCCGCCUGAACAUUCCAUUGCUCAAUAGAUAAGCCAUUUUGAUUGGACGGACCUAACCUUUGCUGUCACGUAUUCGUACAGAAGAUACAAGGGCACCACAAGGAUGAUACCGACUGUGCGGAAUGCCUCGCAGAUGUGGACUGUCUUCCGUAUCUCUUUUCCAGUACUGUCCUUCGUCCAGUACUGUCGCCGCUGUAUCGCGUCCGGUAUCUGUUGUUGAAGCUCCCCAAGCCUUUCAUAGAUGGCUGCGGGCGCGAAGGCGACAGCGCACAGGAGGGCAUCGAUGCUGGAGUACAAGGCCGUCAUCGACCAGAAGGCAAUGCGGCAGAGUGCCACUGAUGUCCGCUGAUGAGGGAGGCGAGAUGCCGCAGAGGUUCCAACACGACAACAGCUGCACAUACACAGAUGUGCCCAGUGGUGGAUGCAGUUGAUGUCUCUUGUCGGUCGCCCCGACCGAUGACGUUGAAUGGCGGUGGAAGCCGCUCGUGCUGCGGCAUAUUCAGGUACUCAUUCAACACGCGAAUCCGCAGCAAUCUGCACUCAGUCAUUCACGAGUGGAGAGAAGGAGCUGAUACAUGUGUGCUGCUUUCAUCUGCCUGUCUCCCUUGCCGGUUGUCUCUCACUGAUAUUGGCCGGUCUGUGUCUCUUCGAUGGUCGCAUACGUCGACGCCUGGCACACACAGAGAGAAACAGGAGCGUUGAUCAGUUGUCUACCUCGCAUCUGGCUCACCAUAAUAGCGAUGAGCAGGUUGAGCUAUCGAUACAUGGGAGCAGAGAGAGACAAAGAAACAUAGAAAAUCACAGUAUCUGGCUCGUUUAGAUGGAUGAGUGGUGGUAAGCCUCUCGUACGAGUAUGAUGGAUGAGAGGAUGACGUAUAUGAACAGCAGGACGGUCCCCAGCGAGUCGUGGCUCUCGAUGGCGUUGCUCAAUGGGUCGCUGAAUUCGCCAAGACCCCCGUAGAAACUGACGCAGUCACCCAACCAACAGAAUGACGACUGGCGCUCUCUCUCUGUGUGUGUGUUGGUGUCAUCAAGUACAGUGUGAGUGUGGCUUUAGCGAAGGAGCCGAAGUACUGGUGGUCUUCGUCGGACGAGAGGAUGGUGAAGACGCCCGCGAAGAUCAGCAGGAUGUAGACGUACAGACACAGAAACAUGCUAAUGUCCGAAAACAUCCUCACAACCGCACUGACACCCACAUACCCAUCACACACAGCAUGGGACACCUCCCUCUGUGUGUGUGUUGGCUCUCUCACUAACAGAAUGAGUGGUCCGACGGCUGGGUGCAGGCUGGCGGCUUGCAGGAGGCGCAGCGCAAACAGGAGCGCUAUAAGGACUCCUGAGCUCACUUCCGCCUCCGAGGACCAGCCAGCGAAGUGGAUGGCAAUGAAGCCGACGAUCCACAGGGCGGUUCCUGCAUCAAGCCGAUUCCUGAAUGCUUACACAUACCAACAAAAUACAAACAAAGCCGCCAGCAUGACACGUACCAUGAGUCGGCCCAGUACGCUGCUGCCUUCAGGCGGAUGAGCUGCAUACACACAGGGGGCACACAGAGGACGAUGACACAUGUCAUUGUCCAUGAAGCAUGUCUCCUCCCAUCUGAUCUGUCUUACUUGGAAGAUCUCCACGACAAUGAAGCCACUACCCGUGAGCACUGCCCCCCACAGCCACACCGACGGCCAUGCCCCCGCCAUCGUCAUGCCGCUGUCUCCUUUAAUCGACUCGAUGUGCAGCAGCACAAAAGCCACCCUGACAACACACACAGAGCGAAGAGGUGCUAUAUGUCUCCACCCUGGCGUUUGGCUGCAGCUUUACAUGAGGAGCAUUGACAGGACGCGGGUAAUGAAGACAUCACGGGGCGCAAGUUUGACCCUCCAGUCUCCGUAGCCUUUCUUCCAAUGCUCCGUGCCGAGGGACGUACAGUUGGCUGUCGCCAUCAUGCGAACCAGAAGGAACGGAGAGACGUGAGUCAACCGACAGACCGGGGAAAUCUCUUGGAUGGCUUACCUUGAGUGACAACAGAGAGGGGUUCCGAAGACUCGAGCAGUGCAAACCAUUCUCUCUCUUUGCCCCAAAGUGACCCUUGGAAGUUCCUUUCUCUGACAUUGCUGCAGAAGUUCUCCGUGAGCGCCUGAACCGAUCGGACAAUCAAUGCAGACGUAAAGAUUGCUAUUUGUUUUCCUUCUCUUGUACUUCUUGCCAGUUGGAAAUCUUCGACAAGUCACUACAAAAAGACAGCAGGGGAGAAAGAAAGCAUGUUGUCCCUUUCUCUUCAUUUAUUCAUACUCUGUGAGGGAGUCCUUCGGUCGCAUUUUCGUCAGUUUGCGGAAGAAGGCACAGAGGCGAAGGCUGUUGAGGCCAAACGACUCAGGCUUGUCCUUCAGGAACUCCUUCGCGGCGGGUACCACCGCUUUCAGACCCCGAGCCUUCAAGUCUUUAACUUUCACGCCUUGCUCGAGCAGCUCCGUGACCACGCCUGCGGCCGCGACAACCAUCGGUACGACAAGUGACGGGUGUUUGGUUAGGGCAAAGUCGAGAGGCAGCUCUCCUCGCUGUAAGGGUCACGAAAAGAGGCGAUAUCGACAUGCAGCUCAACAGGUGCAGUGCAGCCUACCCUGUUUCUGAUCUUCAAGAGCUGUGGAUUUACCCUCAACAUCCACCACAACACAUUGGCUUUGCCCCAGACUGCAGGGAGACACAUUGAAGACUCAUGCACUUGGUCGUCGUUUGCAUCAGUGACUGACGUGCUGCCAGAUGAAGCGGCGUCUCCUCAUCCUGAAUCACAGCACGAAGAAGACACACGCUGUUCAACGCACCAGCAGACAUUCCCUCAUCCCUACAUUGGACCGAGCUUCCAGCAGCUCCUCUCCGCCCAACUCGACAAACUUCUCCACAACAUCAACUGACGCCCACCUUGCUGCCGUAUGAAGAGGCGUCCAGCCGUUCUACAGACACAGCAUGAAAGCAGCAGCGAGGACAUCGGACUAAUGGGCAGAACAAGUGUAAUUCUCGAGCAUGAUACCCUGUUUUUCAGGUUGAGCAGGUGUCGUCGGUUGUGCAGCAGCACAUCAAAGACUUCCAU